AUGCCACCAAGCCGAAGUAGCUCCAGCUCGCAAAACGGCUUGUCCACGAACGGCGGCUCAACCGGUGUCUCUGUGUCCCGCCGCCGCCCACGAGAAGACGACGACACCCAAGGGCCCCCCUGCACCCAGUGCCGCACCCGCAAAGUCAAGUGCGACCGGCAACAGCCCGACUGUUCGAAUUGUCGCAGAGGGGGCGUGGCAUGCGAGUAUUCAAACUCAACCUCGAGGGUGUACCAAGUGAAAGAGUUGCUCGAUGCUUUUUCAACCGUUACCUCGCGAUUAGAUCGCAUUGAGUCGACGUUGGCUAGCUUGGUUGAUCAGCUUAAGAGGCCUGGUGCGACGGGGCUUAUAUCGCCUUCGACAAGUGAUGCGUCGCGGGAGGUUGUUGAAGUUUCAGGAUCCACCACCGGGGAGCAUCGUGUCGAUCAUCUGAAUCAAAAUCAGGAUCAUGUCCCUGACCAUGACGCUGACGGGACCGAGCUCAACGAGACAUACCCAGCCGCCCUGUCGCUCUUUAGAUCCCUGCAUCGCCGCCUCGAGCGCGCCGUGAACAGCGAUUGCAGCGAGCCCCACGACCGCAGAGACCUAUGGGCGUACGCCGCGCAACAUCCCGGCGCGCGUCAGAUCCUCCGCGGCCAACUGGACAAGUUCCCCUUCGCGGGCGGAUGUCUGGACUUUCCCAUUACAAGCGACGGCCAGCGGGUUAUCGCGCCGCCGCGGUGGGCUGUUGAGGAUUGUGUCGAGACUUACCUGGAACACAUCAACUCCGUAACGCCAAUCUUCGAUAAGACGAAUCUGCAGGAUGGGAUUGCGUUUUACUAUGACUCGCCGCCGUGUCAGCAGGUGUGUGCGCAGGCGCUUACGUAUAGUAAUGUGCUGUUGCUGGCGAAGACGCUGGAUUCGUAUGUGGAGACGACGAGGCCUCGUGAGCCGGACCAGGUCGCUGCUGAGCUUGAGCAGACGCGCGCGUUGAUUCGGAAUUGUGAUCGGGCGCUGGAGGGUUUGGCGGAGUUUAUGAAGCCGACUAUGGAAUAUCUGAGGGCUUUGCUUACACUGGUAUGCUGCCCAUCCACAGUCUAA